UUUCUGUAAUUGUUCCCGGAAUUCCGAAGAUCCUUGUUUUUCCAAGACUCAGCAUUACAAACUUGUUUUCCCUGGGAAGAAUCCUCGUUGUGCCCAACAAUCUGGUGUCAGGAAGUGGAGUGUGGCUCAGAGCUCCCAAGGGGGAACCAACCCACAGCUUCAAGGUCGGAGACACAGUGUGCAUCAGACAGCUGAAUAAAGCAAAGAAAGGAGGAUUCCCAUACGGCCCACCCACCGAAGUCGUGGCCAUCACCCGUACUGCCGUCCUCACAGCCCAAGAGCCCAUCUGGAUCCAUGCAUCUAGGGUAAAGCUCUGUCCAAAGAGGGGGGAAGCUGGCUGUGUAGUCCCUUCUGAAACAUCUAUACCGCCCAUCCAGGACGAUCCAGGACAACAGUUGUGCCUAAAAGAGGGGUGAAGUGUUCAUAAAAUCCCUUCUGUAACACCUAUAUCAUCCUCAGCUGCCAGUCCAGAGAGGGGUGAAGUUGGUUGCAUAGUCCCUUCUGUAACAUCUAUAUCCACAGCACCAUGAUCACCAUUCAGGGUUCUCCCUGCCUGGUGUACCUCUUCCUCUUCUCCUCGGUGCUCUUGGUUGCAGUGCCAGCAUGGAUAAUAGCCUAUUAUGAGACGCUGGACGAACAGCAUAUUAUUGCCCCUGCUUGUAACUACCACAGCCCCCCCCUGACUCACCCCCGGAACAAAACACAACCAAGCAUGAACCAUCCCAUGGCCUUCGCAGGUUCAGAAGAACCCCGACACAGGACAAGGACUUUCCACAAGUGGCCACUACAAACUUAACAACCCCGCCAGCACCGCCCGUUCCAGCUCUCCAUAGGACCCGGAGAUCAUCCCCUAUUAAGAUGACCACGUACCUUACCACGACAACCUCACAAGUGGCCAUUACACAAACCACAACACAACCCUUCCGUACAACUUUUUGGUAUAAUUCCUCCAAUACUAAUGUCGCCACAUUCACAUUUGACUUUUGCGACAUUAUUGAUUCAUGCCCCCCUGUGUCGUGGCAAUGUCACCUAUACGAACACAUUCCAACCAGGUCUAUCUAUAUUUGUUUGGAGGAUGGCUAUUGGGCAAAGGACUGUAAACAUUGGGGAUCGGUGGGAUGGAAUACGGGCCCAGGCCCUAGGUGGGGAUACAAGCCCAAAAGUGCAUUAGACAGGAAGGAUAAAAAUGGCAAAUCCCUAAUUGAUAGGAUGACUCUCUUUAAGUCUGGGUCCUGCCUUAGUUCCGGCCACUCCGGCUUUAGUAUGAGACUAACCUUGACCAUUAAAAACCCCAGUCCAAACGAUAGUGGCUCUUAUAUUCUCUCCGUAUGGGUAAGUGGUGGCGUAGGCCCCCCCAAGGGUAGAUUUCAUAUCAAAGAUAUGGUUAAUUCCUCUGAAUGGGGCAAAAUUGCCUCUGCACUUAACGUCAAAACCCCAACUAAAUCCCAGUCCCAAUUACAAACUACGGUUACUAUGGUUGAUCCCUCACCAAGGGAUACUAUGGCUACCGAAACAGGUUAUUCAGAUAUUAAUUUAUGGUUAGAAUGGAUGGCCUUCUCAGCCAAGCAAUAUAAUAAAUCCAACUGUUAUGUCUGUGGUAAGGCCCGCCCCCACUUAGGUACUGUCCUCCUUAACAUCCCCAGUAGCGCUGAGUCCUGUUUUCUCAGCCUUCAUACUAAUACCUUUGUCAAUCAGUCAGCCUGUACCACCUGGAAAGAGGAAUACCCCACCCUUACUAAAACCCCACACCCUGGUGAGGGCAUUACUAUAUAUUCUGGUAACUACACUUGCUAUAGGGGCAAAGGUGAGGGUAGAUUCCUAGGUAACUUCACAUCUAAUUACUGCUCUAAGUAUAGUAAUCUCACCACCCAAAAUCACACUCAGUCCUUAGGUGACAUAUAUUGGCUUUGCGGGGAUAUGAAAAUCCAUGCUAGGUUAGAGGGACAGUGGUCUGGGGAAUGUGCUCUAGCAAAAGUUAUUACGCCUCUCCAUAUUUUAGGUGGAAAUAACACAUACACACACACUCACACCACCUCCUCUCACCGUACACGGCGAGAGGCUAUCCCAGGUAGUUUUGACCCCCAUGUAUACAUAGACGCCAUAGGGGUCCCAAGGGGGGUCCCAGAUGAAUUUAAGGCCCGUGACCAGGUCAAAGUUGGCUUUGAAUCCAUCUUUCCCAUCAUAACCGCCAAUAAAAAUGUUGACUGGAUCAAUUACAUAUUCUAUAACCAGCAACGUUUUGUUAAUUACACCAGAGAUGCCCUUAAGGGUAUUGCUGAACAACUUGGCCCAACCUCUUACAUGACAUUCCAAAACCGCAUGGCUCUAGACAUGCUCUUAGCAGAGAAAGGGGGGGUUUGUAAAGUCAUUGACGCCCAAACUGGUGGGCCCUGCUGUACGUUUAUCCCUGAUAACACAGGACCCACAGGAUAGGUCAUGCUUGCUAUUAAAAAAUUAGAAGAAUUAUCCAUUGAAUUAAAGAAAAACUCUGGCAUUGAUAAUCCCUGGGAUAAAUUCUUUACUGGUUUAGGUCUCUUAGAUUGGUUAAAAAAAUAUUGGUACCAUUAUUGUUUUUAUUGCUCUCUUUAUCCUUUUCUGUUAUUGUGGUUUUAAAAUACUUGUUUCAUGCAUUGCUAAAUGUGCUGCAAUGCCUGCUGCUUCUAAUCCCCAUUGUCAACAAUACCUGUAUGUUCACCCUUCCACACAUGCCUCUGCCCCAUACCUCCAUGUCCCACUCCAUCCCAGAUGUCAGUGCCAAGGUAGUCAUUGUUAUGACUAAAGAGGGGAAUUGUCAGGUAAUAUUACCUAUUCGUUCACUCCACAUUACCUAUAAUGUUAUGUACUUAUAAUGCUUUCAUUCUGCACAACUCGUAAUUUUGCUAACAUUAUUUUUUCUCUUUCUCUGUCUGCUCUUAUCUGUACAAUCUGUGUUUUACAGAUACUUCCUCUUUUUUCUGACCACAACGCUCAGAGCUAAAGACUUAUGUCUGACCACAACGUUCAUUUAAAGACACAUGACCCAUAUUUUGUAUGCAUUAUCUUCUGUAACCACAAAUGUUCAUUUCCUUUCACCUUCCUCCAACACACAUUGUCUUAUGCCAUGUACCAAAUAAGGCUCUAAGGCCAUAAGGUGAUUUGUUUAGCCAAUAGUAUGUUGUUACGUAUGGGAUGCCUACGUGUACCCAGGGCUAUAUAAACAAGUGUUAUGAACCAUAAUAAAUGAACAUUUGCCAAUGACAA